AUGGUUAAUAAAAGAGUCGAAAAUAUCAAUAAAAAUGAAAUAAAAUUUAAAGAUGAAGAAAUUAUUAAACAACAAUAUUUAUCACCAGACGAAAAUGAAUUUCAAGUAAUAUCAUCAACUACAACAAAGAAUAGAAAGAAUAAAGCAAUUGUAGAAAAAGAAAAAAAUAAUAAAGUACAUGAAAUCAUUAUAGAUAAUACAAAUAAUACAGUAAUCACUAAAACUCCACCACCAUCAUCACCAAAAGGUAAUAAUAAUAAAAAUAAUAAUAAUAACAAUAAUAAUAAUAAUGAUAAUAAUGAACAUAUUGAAAAUAGUAAAUCAAAAAAAUCAAAAAAAUCAACAUCAGCAGCAGCAGCAGCAGCAACAACAAUAGUAAAUAAUAAUAAAAAAGAAAUAUUAGGAUCAUUUAACAAUAAUUUAAAAUUUGUUAGGGCAAGUGGCAUUUUCAUGUUUUUAUAUUAUUUAACAAUGAUGUAUGUACGUUAUCAACAUAGAGGAGCAAUUGGAUUUGCUGAUACAUUAUGGUUAUGUAAUUUAUCGAUUGUAUUUGGAUUCAUUUCGAUCGCAGUCAAUAAACCAAUCUUUUUAGGUAUCGCUUGCAAUUGUACAUUAAUAGUUCAUGCAUUAUGGGUUGUUGAUGUUGUGGCUUGGUUAAUCACUGGUUCCUUCCCAUUGGGUAAUGCAGAAUAUAUUAGUUGGCCAACUAUCACUUGGGGUGAAAUUAUCACUACAACUCAUCAUGCUUGGUUCGUACCAUUAUCUAUGAUUUGUCUUCAUAGAAAUGGUGGUUAUCCUUACGGUGCUUGGUCAGGUUCAAUGUUAUGUGUAAUACCAGUAGUAUAUUUAUCAAAAUUAUUCCCAAAGAUUUUAGUUUUACCUGAUAAUUCAACUUUUUAUUUAAAUAUUAAUAUGGCCCACGAAUGGUGGAGUGAUAUGAAUGGCUGGCCAUUUUCUUUAAUUCCAAAUGAUCCAGCCCAAUAUUAUUUCUUUUUACUUAGUUUUUCAUUAGUAUUAUUUACAACUGCUCAUUUCUUAAUGAGAUUAGUUUGUUAUAUCGUACUCAAAAGAAACUAA